AUGCCACCUAAAAAGCCAGCUGCGAAGCCUGCUGGAAAACCAGCUGCCUCCAAGUCAACCACCAAGUCAACUCCAGCGAAGAAAGUUACACCAGUAAAAGCUGGAGCUAAGACACCUAACCGGCCUGGCGGCAAAGCUGCCUCCACACCAAAAGCUGGUGCCAAGAAAGACAAUGCUCCAUCAAAGCCCAAACCACCAUCAAAGGAGACACUGGCUGCUGUGGUCAUCCAGAAAUGGGUGCGCCGGUUUCUGGGGAAGGGUCAUCUUAUGAAGCUGAGACGAGAAAAGGAAGAGUAUGAAGCCAUGAUGGAGAAACUAGAGAAAGAGGCCUUUGUUGCCAUGGUGAAAAGAGAGCAGGAGAGGGCAGAGGAGGAACACCGGAAGGAGAUGGAGGAGAGACAAAGGAGGAAGCUACGUCAACAGAGGAUCAAGCGAUUCUUGGAGGCAGCCUUUGAUGGAGAGAAUGAUGAGAUACUCAUGGUACUUAAGGAGGUUGAGAAUGAUGACGUCAAGCAGGGCAUAGGCACAGACCCCAUGGGCCUGGCCCUCAGGGCCAAACACCAACUAGAGAUGAUUGACUGUGAAGAUGCCAAUAGUAACACACCCUUGUCUGAGGCAGCCAGUGGGGGUCAUGCUGACACCAUCAAACUGCUAAUAGAGAGAGGGGCUGAUGUCAAUUCAAGGGGACAGUUUGAGCGCACUCCGUUGUACAGGGCUGCAUUUGCUGGUCACCUAACAGCUGCUCAGGUUCUCCUCCAGAAUGGUGCAGACCCUCGCCUCUAUGCUAGUGAUGGUGCCACGCCUGAGCAGGUGGCAGCUCAUGAGCCACUGACUGUGCUCUUGCAAGAGUGGGACAUCACUUUGACUGACACCAUGAUUACCAAGAUGGAAACACAACGAGAACAGCGCAAGGAAGAAGAGCGGAAGAGGAGAGAGGCAGAGAUGGCAAAGUUAGAGAACCAACUUGCUGAGGCACAGAAAGACCAUGAUACGAGACAGCUGCAACUCAACAAGGCUUACUGUGAGCUGAACAAGCGUAUCACAGAACAUGACAAAUGCACCGCUCAGAAUGUGAAGACAGAUAUUACCUUGCAGGUUGUUAAAGAUGCAGAGCAUGAUCUUGAGAUUGCCAAGUUGGAGGCUGAGAAGACCAGAGAACGAUUGGCCAAUGUGAAACUACAGAUCAGAGAGCAGCAGAAGACGGCCAGAGGGCUUGAGGGUGAGCCAGAGGUUGGCGUCAAGGCCAACAUCAAGGAACUCCAUGAUGUUCUAAUGAGAGAUGUGGGAGACAAGAUCAAAAAUGACGGCAGGUGGCCACUUAUAAUUGAUCCGUCUGGCCGGGCAUCUACCUUCCUACGAUACCAAGACAUCAAUUUGAUCAAUGCAUUGAAUCCCAAUCACAUGCAACCUGAGGUCAUUAGAAUGGCUGUGCUUGGGGCUAUCAGGUAUGGCAAGCCUCUUGUCUUAGACAUGCUUGAAGUGGACAUGUUUGAGACGUGCACUGAGAGAUUUGACGAGGUUCAUCCUGGAUUCAUGGAGGAUAUCAUGUCAAAAGAGCUUAUCAAGAACGAAAAGUACGUUUAUCUCAUCAAGGACUCAGACGGUCCAGAGUACAGUAAAAACAACUUCAAUGACCACCGCACUAAGCAUUUCCUGUUUGUCAUUGUGACGAAAAUAGAGCCCUUGGACUCACUGCUGGAAAGAGCCUACCCAAUCAGGAUUGUCGUUGGAUGAGAUAAGGAU